AUGUCCUUGCCCACCAUCCCAAAACGCCGCACCCGUCAGUCUUCGGCCAAUACAACUCCAAUCCAGACCCGAGGAGCUGCUGGCCUGAAACCACACUCUGCACAGGGCACUCCUAUUCGGCGAUUGCCAGAGACCGUGGCCCAGGAACGACAGGCUGAAGAAAAACGGAAAGAGGCAGCUGAGACCUUGCGACAGCGGAAGGUUCAAGCUGUUGCCGAUGUUGCAGACGAGUUGUAUGCCGAGGACAAGCUUGAUGCAUCUCAUGCUCAGCGCCGCUCGGCCGCUUCCCUUGCUCCGACCAAAAACUGGAAGGAAAUGGCGCAAACUGCUGUCACCUCGGAGGAUGAGGAGAAUCUUGAUCCAGGUGCCGACGAUGAUAUGUCUGACAUUCAGGAUCCCUUGUUUGCAGCCCCGGGUAGCGACGCCUCGGAUGAGGAUGAGGACAGUGGCGAUGAUGAGGAGGACAAACCCACCAACCAAAAAAAAGGUCCCAAAACCGCCUCCAAGCUGACUCGCAAGGAUGUUGAGGAUAAGCGAACCAAGCGAAAGGCGAGUGUGACGUCCGAUGCUCAACCGCACAAAGAAUCCAAGCGUGGUCGAAUCACCAAGAAAUCCGGCCUGGUGUCCGCCUCCCGGGCUACUUCUUCAGCAUCAGGACGAUCGAGUGCGGCGGGUGCAAAUGCUGAAGACGACCACAUGUUCCAAUUUGGCGGUAUGGAGGAGGAGGAUGAUAAGUUUCGAGCUGAUGCUCCAGCGGUCAAGAACAAGGCGAACCAGAGCAUCGUCAACGUUUCGCAACCCAAGGCUCUCAGCAAGAAGGCUCAACGAGGAGGAGGCAACAAAUGGCAGGUCAAAGAUCUGCCUGCCGCCGCUCGAUCAAAGUUUUCCGACGACCUCGUUCCCCUACUCAAGGGUGUCAUGGGUACUCUUGAGGAUCCUUGGGAGUCCCCCUCGUUGGACAAGAAGCAAUCUUUGGUGAAUGCGGUGUAUGGGCCAGGAAAGUAUAUUGUUGCAGUGGAUAACGUGUGGUUUGACUUGAUGGACUAUCGGUCUGGCGGCUACCGCAGCGGGAUGGCCGGUCAAGCCAGGAAGGCUUUUGAGGAGUAUAUCAAGAUGCUCGGCAACAUGUUCCCUUCCGAGCAGCCUGAGCCGGGAAAACCUGCUCAGAUUCUUGCAGUUUCCAUUCCUCCAGCUCCAGCGAGUUCUACUACUACAGAACCUCACGCCCUCGGUACUGCGCCCAACGAGACAGUCGACAACAGCCAUAUGGACAGCCAGAUGCCCGGGCCCGAUGCCAAUGCCACGCCAACAACCGUCGCAGUGCCAGCUCCCAAUGUCCAUUCCCGUUCCGGUCGCGCCGCUCUUGUCACUGCUUUGACGAAGGUGCACGGAAGCACGAAAUGCUUUAUGUGGGAGAAGUGGGAGAAUAAUGGAGAGUCAAAAUCGGGUUUUCUCUUCUCGUUCCUCAUCCAAUACACCUUCGCGUACUACCUUGAUAGCUAUCAUAGCCUCGCCCAGACAUAUGGCAACUAUCUGUCAAGUGCCAGACCCGUUGGCGCGCUCCUGCUCGCAAUUCAAGCGGUCGAUCACACUCUAGGCUGCUGGAAGACCGGCGACUUUGUAUCGGCGUCCCGAAAGGAUUGGUUCUCCGAGGACAACUACGCUGACAUCGUCGGCAAGGAUUCCAGGUCGACCGCCAUCAAGAUCGUUACUCGUCGCGCUACACGCUACCUCAAAACUGUCAAGCUGUGGGACGACGAGAAGUGGGAUCAGUUCCUGAGCGACGCAUCCGAAUGGCAGGCCCGCAAAAAGCACGACGUUCCGAAGUUCGCGGUUGCCGAUGAGGGGGAAGAGCUUGCUUCGGAGGAGGAGGUCCUCAUUUUGUCUGAUUAGUAUUCUACGUAUCGCUCAUCCUACAAUCUUAUUGAAUCAAACUGAUUAAUCAAC